UCCUCUUUUUCUUAUCCUCUCUCUCCGUCGGGGGCACCGGGAAAAGCUGAGGCUGGGGCGCGGAUGCGAAGCAUUGCAGCGAAGAAGGGGGUGGCGAAUAACAGACAGGCACCAGAGAAAGGAAUAAACGAGAGAAGGGUCAAGUGGCCCGGCUGUUCUCUUUUACCUGCUGCUGCUAACGUGGGAGUGGGGUUUGGUUUACUGUGGAUGCGAGGGAUAAAAUCAAAAGAACCGGUUCCGUAGGGGGAAAAAAGGAGCCACGCCAAAGAGUAAGAGUGGGAGAGAGAGAAUUUUAGAGAGAAUUAGAGUUCUAGAGAGAGAAGAUGGUGGGCUCGGGCGCAGGAGGGGAUGGUAGGAGCAAAGAGGCGGUGGGGAUGAUGGCUCUCCACGAGGCCCUCAGGAACGUCUGCCUCAACUCGGACUGGACUUACUCCGUCUUCUGGACCAUCCGUCCUCGGCCGCGAUGCAGAGGAGGGAACGGUUGCAAGGUGGGCGACGAUAAUGGCAGCUUGAUGUUGAUGUGGGAGGAUGGGUUCUGCCGGUCGAGGGUGGUGGAGUGCUUGGAGGAGAUGGACGGUGAGGAUCCGGUCAGGAAGGCCUUCAGCAAGAUGUCCAUUCAGCUGUAUAAUUAUGGAGAAGGAUUGAUGGGUAAGGUAGCCUCUGAUAAGUGUCACAAAUGGGUCUUCAAAGAACCUUCUGAAUGCGAACCCAACAUCUCCAACUACUGGCAGAGCUCUUUUGAUGCUCUUCCUCCUGAAUGGACUGAUCAAUUUGCAUCUGGAAUUCAGACUAUUGCUGUGAUUCAAGCUGGCCAUGGGCUCCUACAGCUGGGUUCUUGUAAGAUUAUACCCGAGGACUUGCAUUUUGUGCUGAGAAUGAGACACAUGUUUGAGUCACUGGGUUACCAGUCCGGCUUCUUCCUCUCUCAGCUAUUCUCCUCAACCAGGAGCAGCUCACCUUCAUCAUCCGCGCCCCUCAAACAGACUCCGACUCGCCCUCCGCCCCCAAUCUUUGAUUGGAACCACCCGCCGCUCCCUUCCACCUCCCCAGUCGCUCCCCCGCCUUUCCACCCUUCAUCUCGGAUCGGCUUUCCGAACAACAGAGAUGACGCCCAGCUCUUCCUCCUCCCUCAUUCCUCGGAGGCCCCUCCCAUGGAUGACAUGAUCGCCGACCACGAGCCCGACUUGAAGUGGCCUAGUGGCCUGUCCUUCUUCACCGCUCUUACCGGAAGGACCGAUGAUGCGAAGCUUCUCUUUGGCACCGAGGGGCUGGGCAACAAGCCACCAGCUCAACAGCACCCGCUUAUGAUGGCCGGAAAGAAUCUAGCUGCUGGUUCUCCCAUGAACAUUGCGGACGAGGUGAAGGCGGUUGCUGAAGCUUCGAACUUUCAAAGCCAGGGAAACAGAUGUGAAACCAGCGCGGCGCUCGGUGCAGCUGGCAGCACGGAGGACUACUUGAGCUUGGAAAGCCAUUCCAACAGGGCAAGGAAAAUGGAGAGCAGCAAGUUCAAAAGAAGCUUCACAUUGCCUGCGAGAAUGACUUCAUCUUCCUCCUCGUCUUCUUUGGAUCAUCACCAUGUAGCAGCACCUCAAGCCAUGGAGUACCGGAGCUCCGAGGCUGGGAUUUACUCGGACAUCAUGGAGACCUUGGAAUAAUAUUCUGAGAGGUGGAAGUGUGAGAGGAGGGUGUAACCUAGGGGAAGAUCCUUUCAGGUGUCAGCUUUGUUUCCUUCUCUUAAUAAUUUACCUCGCUUUCAAGUGCUUGUUUUCUA